AUGCCGCAAGAUCCACAUCUGUACGGGCAACCGCCGCCCAAGAAGCAAAAGAAAGAGAUAGCUCUCUCGGGAUCUCUAGCAUUCAGCUCACAGCUGAGCUCAUUUCUUGCUGAGCCAUCUGCCAAAUCAAGCACGAGUUCUUCCGCCGGACCCACGACUGGCCGAACUCGCCCAUCGAAGCUAAAAAAAGAUAGCCUCUCGGAUACCAAAGUGAAGCGCAAAGACAGCAAGGCAAAUACCCAGACAAAAGACAACAAUAAACUUUCCCUCAAAUCCCCCCUCGGAACAGAAGACAGUAAAGCCGAGCGGGAAUUCGCCCGCCGCAAGAUGGAAUCCAAAGCCCGCCUCUACGCCGCCAUGCAACGAGGGGAUUACAUCGGCCGCGAAGUCGGGCUCGUCGAUUUUGACCGCAAAUGGGCCGAGUCCCAAUCCAAGAAAAACCCCACCGACGCCGCCCCCUCCUCUGACUCCGACUCCGACUCCGAGCCCGACGACGACGAACAAGCCAACAACACCGACACCACCCUCCAUGAAUACACCGACGAGUUCGGGCGCGUGCGGCAGCUCACCCGGGCGCAGAUCCUGCGGCUGCAGCGGGGCGCGGCGUCGGCCACGGAGCUCGAGAACAUGUCGGCGCGGCCCAAGGCGCCCAGCACGCUCAUCUACGGCGACGCGGUGCAGGCCGAGGCCUUCGCGGCGCACGACGGCGGCGCGGCCAUGGAGGCGCUCGCGCGCAAGCGGGACCGCAGCCCCACGCCCCCCGAGGCCACCCACUACCAGGCGGACUGGGAGAUCCGCACCAAGGGGGUGGGGUUCUACAAGUUUAGCAAGGAGGAGGGGCGCAGGGAGGAGGAGAUGAAGGCGCUGGAGGCGGAGAGGGCGAGGACGGAGGGGUUGAGGAAGGAGAGGGAGGAGAAGGCGAGGAGGAGGAAGGAGGAGAUUGAGGAGAGGAGGAGGGAGAUCUUGGAGCGGAGGACGAAGAAGAUGGCGGAUAGUUUCUUGGAGGGGUUGGAGAAGGACUUGGUUGGUCACGAUGGUGGGUAG